AUUUUGACUACCUGUCUAGAAUUACCGUUGUCCUCUCUCCCUCUUACUAAAGAUUGACCAUUCAAAUGAAGCGUUUGACUUCCUCAAUUUGCUUCUUAAAUUUUCGCCCUCGCUUGUUUAUACUUACAGAAAGACAGUUUAGAAACUGUCAGUGAAAUUCUCGUUUUUGGGUACACUAACACGUUUAUAACGUCUUUUUGGGACCGAUAAAACGUCCUUCAUAUUGUCAGCAUGCCGUUGCAAGCGAAACACUUCGUACAAGGAUUUGUUUACGGUGCACUUACGGGUUGCUGCGUUUGGGCAAUUGUAUCUCGAAUCCGUCCAAAGAAACACAUAAGCACACACAAGAAGGAUGAUGUGGACGAAGAAGACAUCGUAAACGGUGUCGAGGGUUUGAUUGGCAAUACCAAAUUAGUACGAAUCAAGAGUUUGUCAGAGGCCACAGGCUGUGAUAUUCUUGCCAAGGCAGAACACUUGAACCCGGGGAACUCUGCUAAGGAUCGUGUUGCUCUUUUUAUACUGAAGGACGCAGAAGAGCGUGGAUUGCUACGGCCGAAACAGGGUGAUGUGGUUUUUGAAGGAACAUCAGGUUCAACAGGCAUUUCAUUUGCCAUGCUCGGUCGUUCUCUGGGCUAUGAAACACGUAUUUACAUGCCAAACGAUCAGGCCCAGGAGAAAAGUGACAUGCUCUCCAUGUUGGGCGCAGAUGUUCAUCGUGUUCCCCCGGCUCCCAUUAUGGAUCGUAAGAACUUUGUCAAUAUUGCCCGUGACAAGGCAAAGGAGUUGACAGAUGAUGUGAACACGCCCAACAAAGGUUACUUUGCUAACCAAUUCGAAAACCUUGCCAACUGGCGUGCUCACUACGAGACGACAGGUCCCGAAAUCUGGCGCCAGUGUGCAGGAAGAGUCGAUGCUUUUGUUACUGGUUCUGGCACGGGUGGUACAAUUGCUGGAACGUCUCGAUUCCUCAAAGAAAAGAACCGUAAUAUCCUUGUCUGCCUGUCUGAUCCACCAGGAAGUGGUCUGUACAACAAGAUUGUCAAUGGCGUUAUGUUUGAUAUCCGUGAAAAGGAAGGUACACGUCGUCGUAAACAAGUGGAUACGAUUGUGGAAGGUAUUGGAUUGAACAGAAUGACACGCAACUUCUCCAUCGCUGAACCAUUGAUUGAUUGGGCUUAUCGCAUUACAGAUGCACAGGCCGUGCAAAUGUCCCGUUGGUUAGUGCACAACGAUGGUCUUUUCGUUGGCAGUUCUUCUGCUUUGAACUGUGUUGCCGCAGUAAAGAUUGCCAAGAAGCUGGGACCCGGUCACCGAAUCGUUACUAUUUUCUGUGAUCCCGGCCAUCGUCACUCAUCCAAACUUUACAAUGAUGCAUUCCUUGACAAGGAGGGUCUGCCUCAUAACCUGCCUGAAGAUUUGAGUUUUGUAGAUGCUGCCGAGGAAAUUAAUUUGCCAGUGAAACGUUGAUUCAUCAGUUUUAUUUAUCAAGCGAAAUACCUGUAACGACCAUCUUCACAAACAGAACAGCAUCGAGUAUGUAAAUAAAAUUCUGAAACAGUCUAAUCAACCAAAGAACAAGAACAAGAACAAGGGAGGGAUCCAAGUGUAACAUUCGACACUACAAUUGUAUUUCUGUGAUUCUGUUACUCUAGUUAUUACUGCCAUUUCCCUGUCUAUAACAUAGCAUUUUUGUAAAAGACACCCCCGCAAAUAUCCCAC